UCUUUGCCACGUUUCACUAAAUGACGUAAUCUCUCUGAGGGCUUGACAGGUUGCUGUUUGCGGUAACGACACACUUACCGAGAGGGAGACAUCCAUACACAUCCCCUGUUUAUCCGCUGACGGGUUACGGCUAAAGAACGAGUUAACAGUCUCUUCUAAAAGACCAGGCAUCUGUAAAAUCAAGCCGCGCACUUUGUGUUACUACUGCCUCGGCUAACCAGCUGGCUAAUGUUAGCUGUUUCCUGGUCGGAGUUGCAGCCAUUUUGGAUUUUUACUGAGCAGCAACCAGCCGGCCGUGUUUCUGGUUCUGGUUCAGUUUCUGGGAGCAGUGUUAGCUAGACAGCGCUGUUUAUUUGCAGACACGGGACAAGAGACAUUUCACGACACGGGAUACCCUAUACAACGAGUCAACAAUGAAUCCUGAAUAUGACUAUUUAUUCAAGCUGCUCCUGAUUGGUGACUCUGGUGUUGGAAAGUCUUGCCUUCUUCUCCGAUUUGCAGAUGACACAUACACAGAAAGUUACAUUAGCACUAUUGGUGUGGACUUCAAAAUACGAACCAUAGAACUAGAUGGAAAGACCAUUAAACUUCAGAUUUGGGAUACAGCGGGUCAGGAGAGGUUUCGUACAAUCACGUCCAGCUACUACAGAGGUGCUCAUGGUAUCAUCGUAGUGUACGACGUCACAGACCAGGAGUCCUUCAACAAUGUCAAACAGUGGCUACAGGAGAUUGACCGCUACGCCAGUGAAAAUGUCAACAAGCUAUUGGUUGGGAACAAGUGUGACCUGACAACAAAGAAGGUGGUGGAUUACACAACAGCAAAGGAGUUUGCAGACUCUCUGGGUAUCCCAUUCUUGGAAACUAGCGCCAAGAACGCCACCAAUGUGGAGCAGGCCUUCAUGACCAUGGCUGCUGAAAUAAAGAAGAGGAUGGGCCCCGGGGCCACAGCCGGCGGAGGGGAGAAACCCAACGUGAAGCUGACCCCUGGCACUACUGUCAAGCCUUCAUCAGGAGGAUGCUGCUGAGAGAGAGAGAGAGAAGCCACUUCCACUUUGACCCUCCCUCCCUGCCUCCCCCCCCCCCCUCUGCAGGCCUGUCAGCCCGGCCGCCACCCUCCUCUAAACUCCACUGUGUCCCAGCAAAGGCCCACCACAACCAGACAGGACAGGGAAGACAUGAGUCACAACGUGUGUAUGUGAGAACAAGAUGAAGUUGCCUGUAUUUGUACUGUACAUAAUGUAGCCGCACUACCAAAAACAAAUAAAGCAUCCUUCUUGUCA